AUUUUGAUUGGUUACCGGAGCCCACGGGAGACGAAGACGCGGCAGCAUCACACGACUCUCUCAACAGCCGCUCUCUCCGCAUGAUACAUCAACUUCUUCAUUUCUUCGCAAGCCCAUUGUGGACCCCGAACACUCAGCUUCAAAGAUCUGGAUGCUUCAAGUAGAUAGACAGAAUAUCCUCUGCAGCUUCUGUGGCCUGGUUUCUGCGACGUCCUGACGCCAUCUCAUCGCCAUGUCUGUACCCGGUGUCGCUAGGGUGGCACCCAGUCUAGACACUGUUCUGCGCUUGUCGUUCGCUCGUCGCGUCGCACCUGCCUUAUUGGCAACGCGAACGAUUGCAACCACCUGCGAGCGAAGGCCGGCACCUUCUGCAAGCCCCGUCACAUGCUCGAUAUGCCUUCCGCAUAUACUCUCUACGCACGGCUCGGGCUCGCAGCACCGAUCGAUCCAUCGCAGUGUUCGGGUCCUCAAGUCCAAGCGCUCCUUCGCCGCCAGCGUCGACGAGGACCUCUCGCGAGCAGUUGACGAGGACGUGCAGGUGAUGCGCACCAAGGGCAAGGGCGCCAAAGCGGCGAAAGCCUCACUGAAAUCGAGCAAGACGAAGCGUGGUAACAAGGAGGCACAGGAGAAAGAUGACGGGGACCGAUAUGCGACUAGCACGCGCAAUAGCGAGCUGCCGGGCGAGACUUUCGACUCGGACAAGCUCACAGAGAACAUGCUGAGGACCGUGGAGAGGUGUCGGUCGACCAUAUCGCAUAAGGUCGGCAUGAUCGGCAGAGUAGAUCCGAGUUCGUGCCCCUCGCCUUGGGACAGAAUUUGUCCAGAGAAAGCAGCGGCCUUACCUUUUCCUCCUUAACUCUCUCUCUCUCUC